GACGUCAAGUGUUUGUUGCGGCCACCUCGCGGCGGGGAGACGAAGCGCACUGCUUUCAUUUUGCUUUCGACGCUGAAAGGAUGUCUGACAAUAGUUGCCUUUUCAAAAUCUCUUUCUAAAUCUAAAUGCUACAGGGUGUUCUAUUUUGCUUUUUGUCAUCUGAGUUUGAAUGUGCCUUUUUCGGGGGGGGGGGGGGGAAUUUAUUGUUUGAUUUUGAUGUCAAAGAAAAUCAACACAACAACACAAGCUUUUAGAAGCGAGAAAAUGUCAAAUGAAAGGGGCACAGACAGUGGAAGGAACUUGACGCCUGCUGCUAUCUUUGUUGCCAAGUAAUCAUUUUGGCAACAGUGACACCAUAUGCUGAAAUUUUGAAAUGGUUUUAUUCUUGUGAUUAAAACGUGAAAGUCUGUCAGGUCAAAUACAUUCCAAACGAGAAUAUGACCCAGCAGUUUUGUCAUCUUUUCUCUGACCUCAUCAUUUAUGACAGCUCCAGUGAGUGAGUGAGUGCCCGCCCGCCCUCACUCCCUCACCUGGAGUUGUGAGCCACCCAAUCCACUCGCAGCAACACAUCUGUAGCGCGUGUGAGCGAGCUUGCGCAGUCGGCAUGCCAAGCGCCUCUACUGCAAUGCAGUGCUGUGAGUUGAGCUCAGUCAUGCCACACGCGCUGGCAUGUGUGUGCGUGUGUCCGUGCGCACGCGCGCCCGUGCCCCCUCCCUUGUCGUCCUCCGCAGGGCAGUUAGUUGCUUUAGCAGUUAGCUGCAUUUGCGCCCUAGCUGUCCUCAGAUGACUCCCCCCACCCCACCCCACCCCCUCCUCUCUGUCUGCAACCCCCCGAUGCUUUCUGCGCGUGUAUGUGUGUGCGUUUGUGUGUUUGCGUGCUGCCGCCGUCAGAAGAGGAGCAGAGAGGAGCACGACAUGGACGCUACACCUUCCGGCAGCAUCAGGAGCAACCCUCCCUAAGCCCGCCUCCAUUCCAUCAUGGCGGAGUCCGGUCUUCAGGUUUCGGUCAGUGAUUUCGGAAGCAGCGUUCUGAGCAGCCUGAACCAGCAAAGACUCCUGGGACUCCACUGUGACGUCUCCAUCCUGGUCCAGGGUCAGCUCUUCAAAGCCCACCGUGCCGUCCUGGCCGCCUCCUCGCUCUACUUCCGGGACCUGUUCAGCGCCGAGUCCUCCGACCCGUCGGAGUGGUCCCGCUCGACGUACGAGCUCCCGUCCUCUGUGACGCCGUCCUGUUUCCGGCAAAUCCUGACCUUCUGCUACACGGGCCGUCUCGACAUGGUUUCCAGCGAGCAGCUGGUGCUCAUGUACACGGCCGGGUACCUGCAGGUCCAGAACAUUGUGGAGAGGAGUCGAGAGCUUAUGAAGACAAAGAGCACAUCGUCCUCAUCGCCGGAUCGCUGCGACUCGCAGACCAUCUCAGCGGAUGAGCUGGGACCUUUGGACCAGUCUGUGGGCCACCUGCAGGAUUCCAGUCCAGAUCCGUCGCGCAUGACUCCAGAGGACCUGAUUGUGGCCGAGAGCCGGAUCAAACAGGAGAGGCGAGAGACGCCUCCUGAGGAGCAUGCAGGAACAACUCCAGAAGAACCAAAUGGCAGAGUGGACUUUUCGAGGAAGCUGCAGAGCACCAGAGGGGGCGCUGUUUAUUACUUGGGUGCAUCCAGGAGCCUGGUCCUGGGCCUGCAGUCCUACCUCCCAACUACUUCAGAAGACUCCCCCGCCCCCUCGGAAGUCUGGACGGAAGUCAAGCCGGAUGACGGUUACUACGGCGAUGCACACUCUGGAAUCUACCGAGACGCGAUGCAACACCGGGAGAUGCCGCCGCGCCUGCCGUCGGCCAGCGAGCGGCGUGCGUGUGUGUCGGUGGGAGGAGACAGCGUGGCGCUCCCCGCAAGUCUGAUCAGUCAGAUUGGCUAUCGAUGCCACCCUGCGCUCUACGCUGAGGGCGAGCCCGGACACAAGCUGGAACUGGUGGCAGGUUCGGGCGUGUUGAUGACACGGGGCCAGCUGAUGAACUGUCACCUUUGUGCGGGGGUGAAACACAAAGUUCUGCUCAGGAGGCUGCUGGCGACCUUCUUUGACAGAAACACCCUAGCCAACAGCUGCGGGACGGGGAUCCGCUCCUCCACCAACGACCCGAGCCGAAAGCCGCUGGACAACCGGGUGUUAAACACCGUCAAACUGUACUGUCAGAACUUUGCUCCGAGCUUCAAGGAGAGCGAGAUGAACGUGAUCGCGGCCGACAUGUGCACCAACGCUCGCAGGGUUCGCAAGAGAUGGCUCCCAAAGAUACGGUCCCUGCUGCCCUGCGGUGGCGGGAAGGCGGUCCGCAGGGGAGCCACGGGACCGGGAGGCGGCGGCGAGAGCUCGGAAGCGCGCCGGCUCGGCGUCACCCCCUACCCGUGUCCGGAGAUGGCCGGGGAAGUCACGCCACAUCGGGAUCGGCACCGCCGCCUUCUCCUCUGCGUGGGCUCCUCCUCCUCCUCCUCUUCCUCGCCACACCCCCCGGAUGCUGACGGCAAGGAGGCGGAGGCUCCAGACAGUCAAUAAGCAUUGGGCUGCGUCUGUCCAACUUCCCGUCUGUCCCCUAACUUAUCGCCCGUCAUUCUACCUCACGGCCCGUCUACCCUAUGGCACUUCUUGUCCUUUUGCUCAGCCGCUCUGCUGCAUGUUAACCAGCUUCUUGGCCGCCAGCAACGCGGGACUGAUCAUGCUGAUGACAGUAAAGCUUCUCUGGAAAUCACA